GAGGGUCUGGGUGAUAUGGAAAAGGGUGACUCCAAAAAUGACUCAUGGAUCUUUGCCCUGGCCGUGCUCCUGAGCAGUACCUGUAUCUACAACAGCAUGGGCACCAUCAACCACCAGGCCCUGGAACAGCUGCACUAUGUGACUGAAUUAACAGAGCUGAUCAGAAUCAAAUCAUCUCCCAUCUCUGAUGAUGUACAGGACUCAGUCGAGUUUGUGAGAUUCUUUCCAGACUUUGUCUGGACUGUGCGGGAUUUCAUGCUGGAGCUGGAGUUUGAUGGAAACCCCAUCACUGAAGAUGAGUACCUGGAGAAUGCCUUGAAGUUGAUUCCAGAUGAAAAUCACCAAAUUCAAAAUUCCAACUUACCCAGAGAGUGUAUUAAGAAGUUCUUUCCCAAACGGAAGUGUUUCAUCUUUGACCGCCCUGCAAGUAACAGGAAACAAUUACUCCAUCUUGAGGAAAUACCAGACAACGAACUGGAUGAGAAUUUCAAGAAGCAGUCAAAAGUUUUCUGCUCAUAUAUCUAUACCCAUGCAAAGACCAAGACCUUAAAAGAGGGAAUCACUAUCACUGGGAAAAGGUUGGGGACUCUGGUGGAGGCCUACGUAAAUGCCAGCAACAGUGGAUCAGUUCCUUGUCUGGAGAACGCGGUGACAACUCUGGCUCAGCUAUAGAACUCAGCAGCCGUGCAGAAGGCAGCUGGCCACUACAGUGAGCAGAUGACCAAGAGACUGAGCCUCCCCACAGACACGCUCCAGGAGCUGCUGGAGGUGCACGCAGCCUGUGAGAAGGAAGCCAUUGCAGUCUUCAUGAAGCACUCCAUCAAGGAUGAAAAGAAGGAUUUCCAGAAGAAACUUCUGGUCAUGAUCAAGAAAAAGAAAGAAAAUUUCUUGCUGCAAGAUGAAGAAGCAUCUGUUAAGUAUUGUCAGGCUGAGCUUAAGAAGCUUUCAGACCCCUUGAUGAAGAGUAUUUCAGAAGGAACUUUCUCUGUCCCUGGAGGACACCGUCGCUACUUAGAAGCAAGGAACAGGUUUGAAGAGAACUAUAAACUCAUUCCCAGGAAAGGAGUUAAGGCAAAGCACAUCCUCCAGAGCUUCCUGCAGUCACGGGCAGGAGUAGAGGCAGCCAUCCUGCAGGCAGACCAGGCCCUCACGGAUGCGGACAAAGCCAUGGCAGAGGAAUAUACCAAAAGACAAGCAGCAGAGAUGAAACAGGAUCUGCUAAUACAGAAACUGAAUGAUAAGAAGCAAAAAAUGGAGGCACAAGAGAGAAGCCACAAGGAAAGUAUAGCCCAACUGAAAGAGAAGUUCAUGAUGGAAAGAGAAAAGCUUCUAAGGGAGCAGGAAGAAGUGCUGGAGCACAUGCUGAAGGUGCAAAGGGAACUGCUCAAUGUGGACUUUCAAAAAAAAUCUGCUGAAUUACGUAUUGAGAUAAUUAGACUACAACAAAUAAAUAUAAGAAAUGAAAAUACAUGCUUACUACUUUAAGGAUCCCGGCAGGUUUUACCUUUGUGUUAAUGUCCUUAUGAAGUGACUUUCUUUAACAAUGUGCAUAGGGAUGAUGUAUCUUAUGUGCAUUAAAGAUCUAAACAUAAGACAGAAACUAUAAAACUCUUAGGAGAACAUAGGCAAAACACUCUCCAACAUACAUCACAGCAGGAUCCUCUAUGACCCACCUCCCUGAAUAUUGGAAAUAAAA